AUGACAUCCUUCCGAAUCUCCAACAUCCCGAAAGAACUAGAUGAAGACGACCUCGGAGAGCUUCUCGGCGGCGAUUCGGAGGUGGCUUCAUUCGCCCCGGCGACAAAUGCCAUCGAUGCUCCCAGGAAGCGCGUGGCUUUGGUCAGCUUCGGGAAAGUACCCGAGGGAUUCGAGCAGACGCCCUGCCCGUCGAUCAAGAUUCCGAAGGAAAUAUUGAAGAAAGCCGGGAUUAAGGGGAAAAGGGUGGAUUUACAGGUUGAUUGUGGGUUUUUGGGACUUACGCCGCUGAACUGGGAGAAGGGAGAAAUUGUCAUGGAUGUUGUGGCGGUGACGGGAUUGGGGGGUCACGCUUUCGGAUCUUGGAAAGCGAAGAAGGCGGACUAUAUGUGGCUUUGCGAUUCGCUGCCGGAGGAUGUUUCCGGACUAAGAGUCAUGACAUACGGCUUCAGCUCGGGACUAGUCGGAAGCACUAGCUUUGCGGGCAUCGGUACCUAUGCGCAGGAGCUUUUGGAAGAGCUGAAGGGCGCGAGAGACCAUGAUGCUAUCAAACAACGCCCGCUGGUAUUCAUCGCGCACAGCCUCGGAGGUCUGGUUGUUAAGCAGCUGCUGGUGGAGGCCGCACGAGGCGAUGAUCGAAGUCAAGCAGUCUUCAAUUCCACGCUUGGCCUUUUAUCGUAUGGAGUUCCGAACCGUGGUCUUUCGGUGGAGAGUUUGGUUCCGAUGGUGCAUGGACAGCCGAACGAGGACCUGGUGCGCGCGCUGAAACCAGAAUCUCAUUUUCUCGAAAUGCUGCAUCGGGAUUUUUGCACGCACUUCCGCUUCCGCGAUUCGAAAAUCGUUUCCUUCUACGAAAACCUGCUGUCCCCUACUGCCGAGAAGCAAUCGGAUGGCUCCUGGAAGAUGACCGGAAAGCCGCAAGUGCUGGUGACCCGGUCUUCCGCCACAGGCAGUCGCCCAGAAGAACCCGCCUACCACGACCUUCCAAUCCACGCGACUCACUCGGAGAUGGUCAAGUUCAGCAGUGAGGUGGAUAGGGAAUACACCAUCGCUCGGGACAAGAUCAAGCAAUUCCGUGACGAAGCACCAAUCAUCAUCUCCAAACGUUUCCAUUCGGGGGUCCCCCUUGGGUUCUCGAUCACCGAGGAAGAGCACCUCCUUCAAAACAAAAGUGGGUGGAGUUCGCUGCACCUUGCUGCCCAUAAGGGGAGUUUGGAAGUAGUUGAGAAGCUGCUGGAAGACGGUGCGGAUAUCGAAAAAAAGGGCAACAAGAAUGAGACUGCACUUUCCGUCGCCGUGGCAGCUGGGAACAGGCCAGUCGUUAAACUCCUCCUGGACAAGGGCGCCAACAUUCACGCGAAAAACUUCACUGGAUCAACUGCUUUGUACUACGCCAGCGAAAGCGGGCAGGAAGCUAUAGUGGAACUUUUGCUGGACCGAGGCGCCGAUAUCAAAGUCAUCAUUCGGGGCCAGUGGACGUGUUUACACCGUGCGGCGGGGGUGGGAAAGGAGCGGACCGUCCGACUGCUACUGGAUCGGGGGGCCGGGAUGGAGGCGACGAAUAGCGAUCUCUACACGCCAUUACAUUCCGCAGCUGAUUGCGGGUUCGACCGUUGUGUGAAGCUGUUAUUAUCUCGAGGAGCGAACAUCGAGGCGAGCGCCACUGAUGGUCGUAGGGCGAUACAUCUUGCCGCGGCCAAGGGAAACGAAGCGAUCGUCAGAGAGCUGUUGAAAAGAGGCGCUAAUAUCGAGGCCAAAACGGUCGAUGGGAGAACGGCGAUGUAUGUGGCAGCCGCGGCGGGCCACCGAUCAGUGGUGGCUGUCUUGAUGCACGAAGGCUUUGCGAUGCCCGAUUCGCCUACGAACACACUAUGGACGCCUCUGCACGUCGCUGCUCAUAACGGCUACGACGGGGUUAUAAAAGAGCUCAUUGCCGGCAAAGCGAACCUCGAGGUGAAGACUGACGACCAACGUACGCCUCUUCACGCAGCAGCUACCGAAGGGCGAGAAGAAGUGGUGCGCCUGCUCCUUGACCACAAAGCCGACAUCGAAGCCAAAAACCAGUACUGGGCGACUCCGUUACACUUCGCCGCCAAGAAUGCUCACGAGCCCGUGGUACAACUCCUUCUUGACCGCGGAGCAGAAGUGGAUUCCAAAAUGAACAACCGCGAAACCCCGCUGAUCGAGGCGACAAGAGCGGGGAACGAGGUUAUGGUACGCAUCCUGCUAGACCACGGCGCAAACAUCGAUGCAAAAUGCGAGACCUACCGCCCCCUACUGACAGCGACCGGUUCGCCACAAGGCCUCUUGAUGAAUACAGGAGAGAACAUGGCCCCCAUCCACAUCGCCUGCAUGAUAGGAAAAGAAGCACUGGCCAAGCUCCUCCUCGAGCGCGGCGCAAGCAUCGAGUCCAUAUGCGAUACCUAUACACCUUUGCAUAUCGCGGCGGGAAACGGGAAUGACCCAAUUGUAAGACUUCUACUCAGUCAUAAGGCGAACAUCGAUUCCCGGGCACACUGGCAACAAAGACCGCUGCAUCUGGCGGCUUCUCAGGGGCGGCAUAAGACGGUUAUAAUAUUAUUGGAUCACGGCGCAGAUAUCGAGGCUAAGGUCACCAGCCUAUGGACUCCGUUACAUAUGGGCGCGAAGUUUGGCCACAUCGAUGUGGUGCGAGUGUUGCUCGAAAGAGGAGCGAAUGUUAGAGCUGCGGAUCGGCUUUGGAGGGAACCACUUCGGCUCGCAAAAAGCGAGGGUCACGUGGAGGUUGCGAAACUUUUGCAGGAGUACGGCGCUUGGGAAUCGGCGGUACGAGACCAGGCAGCCCCCGAAAAAGACCCCGACCAGCUCCCCGCCAAAGCGCCAAAGAAGCCUGCCGCCCGCUUCUACCAGCUGAAGACAGGGCACGCCAUCACGGCGGUGUACCUGAAGUGGAUUAAGAAGCGGGAUGAUGACCAUUGCUGGUGA